UUUAUCUGUGCGUACGUGAACGCACCCAUUGAUUGAAUAUUUCUCUACACUUCUAUUUGCACGUGUGUUUACGUUUUCUACUUGAAUAAAAAAAAAAAAAUACCGAAAAAGUUUCAUUAAAAUUGGUUAAAAAGAAUGUUAAAGCGGGCUCAUCUGUUUGUGCUGUCCAAGGCAGACCGAUUAAUACGAAACAAUACCAGUUUUUCUGCUACAAUGUCCGAUGCUAUUGAUGCAUUUAAUCAGAAAAAAGAGGAACUUAAACAACAAAAACUUGAACAUAAGGCACGCUGCAUUAAAAAACGACAAUGGGUCGAAAGUAAGCUCACCGAAGAAGAGAUUGCUGCCAAGCGCGCCAACUUUGAUCCAGCUGAUAGAAUAAAAAGAAAAAAAUGUGCCCUUUUGAUGGGGUAUUGUGGUGCAGAUUACUAUGGCAUGCAACGCAAUCCGGGAAUGCAGACGAUCGAAGAAGAUCUUUUUAAUGCUAUGUUAAAACACAAAUGGAUCACGGAAGAAGGGUUCAAUCAGGCCCAGCAAACACAGUUUCAAAGGGCUGCUCGAACAGACAAAGGUGUUUCUGCAGCACGACAAAUAUGUUCCAUAAAAUUGCCGGACGAUAUCGAUGUAGGUGCCCUUAAUUCAGAUCUUCCUGAAGUAAUUCGGGUUUUUGCAGUUAAACGUGUUACAAAAGGAUUCAAUGCAAAGGAUAAGUGCAAUGCUAGAACGUAUACCUACACGCUUCCUUCGGUAGCCUUCCAGGAUCAUUCUAAUGAACUGAAUAUGGAAACAUAUCGAAUAUCUAAUGAAGUUUUGGAAAGGGUUAAUUCAGUUUUGAAACUCUAUGAAGGAACCAAAAACUAUCAUAAUUUUACAAGCAAGAAAAAUUUUUUAGACCCGUCAUCUAAACGUUUCAUGAUGUCAUUCACAUCCAGUGAACCAUUUGUCAGUCCUCAGGGCAUUGAAUUUCUCACAUUAAAGGUUAAGGGUCAGAGUUUUAUGCUGCAUCAAAUUAGAAAAAUGGUUGGAGUAGCAAUAUCAGUGGUCCGAGGAAAUACCACCGAAGCAACAAUAGCUCGAGCAUUUACAGAGGAACGAUUGGACCUACCAAUGGCCCCCGGAUUGGGUUUAGUACUUGAUCAGGUACAUUAUGACCGAUAUAAUGACCGAUAUGGUGAAGACGGAAUUCAUCAGCCAUUAACAUGGGACGAAUUGGAACCAGAAAUAGAGAAGUUCGUUGAGAAAUAUAUUUAUUCUAAUAUUUAUGAUACGGAAUUCAAGGAGAAAUCUAUGAUUGAGUGGUUGGAGACUUUGAAAUUACAUUCUUAUGAUGUAAGGGACAAUAAGGAUGAGAUGAAUGUUUCUGAAGCAAUUGUUGCAACAACAGUUCAAAUAACUCAAUAAAACAACUGACAUUAA